GCCGCGACGCUUCGGCUUUGUCGUGCUUCUCUCUCACACUGGCAUUUGAUUUCCCAGCUCACCAAUUCCGGUUUCUUCCAAGUCGCGAGCGCGAGAAGAGAGGGAGAGAAGUGGUUGGCGGACUACACUUCGGCGAGGAGGAGGAGAAAUGGGCGGAGGGGUGCAAGAGGAGAUGAAGGUGGUGGAUCUGGAGGACGGGGAAGGGGAGGCGGCGGCGGCGGAGGGGUCGAGCAGGGAGACGCGGAUGCUACCGAUGAUGCCCGUCCGGGUGCUGCUCGCCGAGGGCGACGACUCCACGCGCCACGUCAUCUCCGCGCUGCUCCGCAACUGCGGGUACCGAGUUUCUGUGGCCUCUGACGGUGUGAAGGCAUGGGACAUUCUAAAGGAAAAAUCUUUCAACAUAGACCUUGUCUUAACUGAAGUUGAACUUCCUUUGAUGUCUGGGUUCCUCCUGCUCUCCACGAUCAUGGAACAUGAUGCGUCCAAGAACAUCCCUGUUAUAAUGAUGUCUUCACACGAUUCAGUAAGCAUGGUUUUCAAAUGCAUGCUAAAGGGUGCAGCAGAUUUCCUUGUUAAGCCGAUAAGAAAGAAUGAGUUAAGGAACUUGUGGCAGCAUGUUUGGAGAAAACAACUGGCAAAUGGUGGGCCUGAUCUGCAGCAUAUACAACAAGAAGAAAAUCUUACCGAAAGAAUUGAGCAGAAGACCAGCAUGACAAAAGCUGAUCAUUUGAUGGAACAUGUAGCACGCAAAAAUAGGGAAUGCAGUGAACAAGAAAGUGAUGCUCAAAGUUCUUGUACAAGGUCAGAGCUGGAGGCUGAUAGUAAGCACACUAGCAACCUUUUGGAGUAUAAGCAGCCGACAGAAAGGCAUUUCUCUAUUCUUAACCACAAGAGCGCUGAGCCAUAUGGACAGGCGACAAUUCAAACAUCUAAAGAUAAUAACUUGAUUCCAACAAGAGAAGAUGAUUUAUCACCAAAGAGAAGGACAUGUUCGAAUGAUCAUAGUUCUGAGAAAGCUUCCAGAGAUAUCGAGCUAGUCCAUAUUACUGACAAUCAACAGAAGCAUAAUAUACAGAGGGGGGUAAAUAUUGUGAGAACAUCUCAGGGAGAUGAUGAGAAAUGCUCCAUCCCGGCACACCUAGAACUAUCUCUCAGAAGAUCUGACUACAGUAAAUUAGAAAACCAGGAGAAAAAUGAUAGAAGAACGCUGAACCAUUCAACUUCAUCCGCAUUUUCCUUGUACAACUGCAGGACUGCGUCCACUUUAAGAAAUGCUGGUGAUGCUCAGAUAUGCAGCACCUCAGGAGCACAAGCGGAUCUGGAAAACAAAAAUGGAGAUUUUGUUGCUCCCUCUCAAGACAAAACAGAAACAAAUCGCCCUCCUAUUAGAGCUGUACCAUUUCCCGUCCCUGUUGGAGGUCUCACAUUUGAUGGGCAGCCAUUCUGGAAUGGUACACCGGUGGCAUCCCUUUUCUACCCACAGUCAGCCCCACCCAUUUGGAAUAGCGAAACAUCCAUGUGGCACGAAUCAACCCCACAAGCAGCUUCAUUGCAACAGAAUGAGCCAAAUGAAAUGGGCCCUAAGGAAGUUGAAAAUGCAGAAGAACAAAUUGUCACAAGUCCUCCUAAUGCCAAUGGAAAGCAUCUGCGUAUUGAAAUUCCUAAAGAUGAGCCACGUCAUGUUUCCCCUAUGACUGGUGAAAGCGGAAUUAGUGCCGUGCUAGACAGUGCCAGAAAUACUCUCAGUGGCAGUGGCUGUGACAGCACAUCCAAUCGGAUUGCUGCCCCUACUGAAUCAUCCAACACAUUUAAUGGUGUUCCUGAAAACCCAAGCACCGAAGGUUCACGCCACCUGAGCCAGCGCGAGGCUGCAUUGAACAAGUUCCGACUAAAGAGGAAGGAUAGGUGCUUUGAGAAGAAGGUUCGGUACCAGAGUAGGAAAUUACUCGCAGAGCAGCGUCCACGGGUUAAGGGCCAGUUUGUUCGUCAAGGUCAUAGCAUCCAAGGAAGUUAGGGGUGCCCAUUACACGCUGCGGGUAUCCUGAUCGUCAGUGUCAAAGAUUUUGUGGAAGAGUUGAAAGCAAUCACACUGACUAGUAUGCGCUAUAUAUUUGCUAAAGCUUAUACUAUAUAUUUAUGUAUAGGCUAACUUGUUCUUUUGCUAGGUUAGGCACUGAACCAUGUACGUUUUAGUGUUUGCGAGUAGGCAUUAGAAAAUACAUUGGCAUACUUUGUUUCAGGUCAAGAUGAGAUGUCCGUAGCGCGUGUGCUUACGCUUUGCAACUAGUCAGCUGGUUUGAUGUUUUGGAUAGACGUGCACUUUCUGUGGAUGCAAGGUGUGAUGGAUGUCUAGAGACAUUGCUCCUUUCCGUGCAGCUUGUUACAACAAAAUUGUUGUUAUAGUUUCUGUAAAACAAUUUCGUGCCGCGAAUACUAUUGUUAAUUUUCAUUAAAUAGAGUGCAAAUGUAAAAUUGAGGGAUGGUUUUGUGAUUA